AUGGCUACAAAGAAGAACAAAUGGAAGCGCACACUGGAAGUGGGAAGCACUUGCAAUAUUUGCGGGAACGGCGAGGAAGAUGAAUUUCAUGCUGUAAUUUCGUGCACAAAGAGCAGGGCACUAAGACAUGAAAUGAGAGCAGCUUGGGAGCUACCUAGCGAGGAAAAACUCAGAUACUCAGGUGAUGAUUGGCUGCAGAUCCUCCUUAACCCAUGCAAACCAGAGAUUAGAACGAAAAUUUUACUGCUGCUGUGGCGGUGUUGGUUCCUCCAAGACGAUUGCACCCAUAAUGCAGGGAAGGAGCUGGUUAGCCGAUCCGCUAUGUUCUUAAAACAGUACGUGGAAGAACUAACCUGCGGAGGCUCGGGGGAGGAAACUGAUAGUAAGGGGAAGCAGAAGGCGCUGCAGAGCGGGGGUGCUUUGGCGAAGGGGUUUUCUCUGUUCCCGCUGUCAACAGGGAUAGAUGGACAAGAGGUAGGAGCCACUGUGGAUCACACCAUCAGUCACUGGAGGCCCCCUAUGGCGGGAACAGUCACACUGAACACUGAUGCAGCGUUUUUAACUGGUAGCGGUGAUUCCCACUCGGGUGCAAUUGCGAGAGACCAUGAUGGUUCUGUCAUCUUCUCGCUGUCUGAACAUGGCUUACGCUGCAAGUCUGCGGAGGAAGCUGAAGCGCAGGCAUUGCUGACAGGGUUGCGACACUUGUCCGCCCUUUAUACUGGUCCGAUGAUCGCGGAAACAGACUGUAUGUACAUUGCGAAUGAGCUCAGGUCGGGCACCAGUAGUUUGUCUGCAUGCUAUCCAGUACUCGCUGAUAUCAAGGUGGAGCUGGCGAAGUUUGCUGCUGCUCAGGUCCAACAUGUCAGCAGAAAUCAAAACAAGAUGGCUCAUCUACUGGCGGCCCGGGCUAGGAAAAUGGAUGGAAUGUACUUGGUAGCGAGUGUUCCGGCUGAUCUGAGCGCUGCGCUAGUUGCCGACCUUGUGUUGGCUGAAGAGUAA